GGCGCUCUGUCACUCAGCAGCAGUAUCUUUGCCUAGCGGUGUACACCCACAUGCCUUUAUGAAAUGCCUCAUUAUGCCGGUGGAAGAAAUAGUCCCAUGAAUGUGCUUUUUCAGGGAUGGUGACAACAGAAUGUUUUAAGUCUAUUCACUACCACAAGGAUCAAUGGCACUUCUGCCAAAGACUUUGCUCACGGGUACAGUAACGCAUGUCAGCACUUUCUGAGAUUAGAGGGUCUCCCGUGCGAGCAUAACCUCUGCUUCAAGAAUAAUACCUGGGGCUGGAGACAGAGACAGCUCAGGAGUUGAGAGCAUUUGCUGUUCUUGCAGAGGACUUGGUUUCUCACGCUUGCCUGGAAACAUACCUUCAAAAGACAGUCUCCCAGGACGUGAGCCCAGACAGAAAGGAGCCUGCCUGAGAGCUCAUUUCAAUUCUCUGCAGAGGCUCUAACAUGAAAACCAAACCUCUCAGUGAAAACUGAACCGAAUGGGGAUUGAGCUGGUCUGCCUGUUUCUGCUACUUCUAGGAAGGAAUGAUCACGUCCAAGGUGGCUGUGCCUGGGGUGGUGCAGAAAGCUGCUCAGACUGCCUGCUCACAGGACCCCACUGCGCCUGGUGCUCCCAGGAGAAUUUCACCCACCUGUCUGGAGCUGGCGAGAGGUGCGACACCCCAGCGAAUCUUUUAGCCAAAGGAUGUCAACUACCCUUCAUUGAAAACCCUGUCUCCCGCAUAGAAGUCCUUCAAAAUAAGCCUCUCAGCGUGGGCCGACAGAAGAACAGUUCUGACAUUGUUCAGAUUGCUCCUCAAAGCUUGGUUCUUAAAUUGAGACCAGGGCGUGAGCAGACUCUGCAAGUGCAGGUCCGCCAAACUGAAGAUUACCCAGUAGAUCUGUAUUACCUCAUGGACCUCUCCGCCUCUAUGGAUGACGACCUCAACACCAUCAAAGAGCUUGGCUCCCGGCUGGCCAAAGAGAUGUCCAAACUAACCAGCAACUUUAGACUGGGCUUUGGCUCUUUUGUGGAAAAGCCCGUUUCUCCUUUUAUGAAAACAACCCCAGAGGAAAUCACCAACCCUUGCAGUAGUAUCCCCUAUUUCUGCUUACCUACAUUUGGAUUCAAGCACAUUUUGCCAUUAACUGAUGAUGCCGAGAGAUUCAAUGAAAUUGUGAGGAAACAGAAGAUUUCUGCUAAUAUUGACACACCUGAAGGUGGAUUUGAUGCAAUCAUGCAGGCUGCUGUGUGUAAGGAAAAGAUUGGCUGGCGCAAUGACUCGCUCCACCUCCUGGUUUUUGUGAGUGAUGCCGAUUCUCAUUUUGGAAUGGACAGCAAGCUGGCAGGCAUUGUCAUUCCCAAUGAUGGACUCUGUCACUUGGACCACAGGAAUGAAUAUUCCAUGUCAACUGUCUUGGAAUAUCCAACUAUCGGCCAACUCAUUGAUAAACUGGUACAAAACAACGUGCUACUGAUCUUUGCAGUCACCCAAGAACAAGUCCAUCUGUAUGAGAACUAUGCAAAACUCAUUCCUGGAGCAACCGUGGGACUGCUUCAGAAGGAUUCUGGGAACAUCCUUCAGCUGAUCAUCUCCGCUUAUGAAGAACUGCGGUCUGAGGUGGAACUGGAAGUGUUAGGGGACACAGAAGGACUCAACCUGUCUUUCACAGCUCUCUGUAACAAUGGUGUCCUCUUCCCACACCAAAAGAAAUGCUCCCACAUGAAAGUUGGAGACACAGCAUCCUUCAAUGUGACUGUGAGCGUAUCCAACUGUGAGAAAAGAAGCAGGAACCUCAUCAUAAAGCCAGUGGGGCUGGGGGACACCCUAGAAAUACUCGUCAGUGCAGAAUGUGACUGCGACUGCCAGAGAGAAAUAGAAACUAACAGCUCUAAGUGUCACAAUGGGAAUGGCUCCUUCCAGUGUGGGGUGUGUACCUGCAACCCCGGCCACAUGGGUCCUCACUGCGAGUGUGGUGAGGAUAUGGUGAGCACGGAUUCCUGCAAGGAGUCCCCGGGUCACCCUUCAUGCAGUGGAAGGGGUGACUGCUAUUGUGGGCAGUGCAUCUGCCACUUAUCGCCGUACGGAAGCAUCUACGGACCUUACUGCCAGUGUGACAACUUCUCCUGUCUGAGACACAAAGGCCUUCUCUGUGGAGAUAACGGUGACUGUGACUGUGGCGAGUGUGUGUGCCGGGAUGGCUGGACAGGUGAAUACUGUAACUGUACAACCAACAGGGACUCGUGUACAUCUGAGGAUGGAGUGCUGUGCAGUGGACGUGGGGACUGUGUCUGUGGCAAGUGUGUCUGCAGAAACCCUGGAGCCUCAGGACCCACCUGUGAACGCUGUCCUACCUGUGGCGACCCCUGUAACUCUAAACGGAGUUGCAUCGAGUGCUACCUGUCUGCAGAUGGCCAGGCCCAAGAAGAGUGUGCUGACAAGUGUAAAGCCAUUGGUGCCACCAUCAGUGAGGAAGAUUUUUCAAAGGAUACUUCUGUCUCCUGCUCUCUACAAGGAGAAAAUGAAUGCCUUAUUACAUUCCUAAUAACUACGGAUAAUGAAGGGAAAACCAUCAUUCACAACAUCAAUGAAAAAGACUGCCCCAAACCUCCAAACAUUCCCAUGAUCAUGUUGGGGGUGUCACUGGCGAUCCUGCUCAUCGGAGUUGUGCUACUGUGCAUUUGGAAGCUGCUGGUAUCAUUUCAUGACCGGAAGGAAGUUGCUAAAUUUGAAGCAGAACGCUCUAAGGCCAAGUGGCAAACGGGAACCAAUCCUCUGUACCGAGGUUCCACCAGCACUUUUAAGAACGUGACCUACAAGCACAGGGAGAAGCACAAAGCAGGCCUUUCCUCAGAUGGGUAGACAGACCUCCUUCGGCCAGAGAAAGUCAACUCCGCUUGCGUUAAAGGUUUACUGCACUGUAUGGUUUAUCAUGCUUUGUCGCUUCAAAAGGAGGUCGACUUAAGAUAAUAACAGGUCAUUCAACAACCAGUCAUUCAGGGCAUGAAGGUGAGACAUUGUUCGCUGAUUGGAAACAAUCAAGAAAAGAAUAUCCCAAGCAAAGAGAUGAAUUCAAGAUCCCUUGAAGAAUAUAAACUCUGUUGCAUUAAUGCCUCAAAAAAAAAAAUCAUCAAAACGAUUCCCGGGAACUUGAUUUGCAUUUGAAAAAUGUUCAGAAUUAGAAUCUCAUUUGCUUCCGGAAUCCAGCUACCUAAAGUCUUUGUCUCCAAAAAAAUCCCGGAGUCCUUAUGCAUUGUCUACCCAUACUUGCAGAAAAAUCUAUUUCCUGAAGGAAUUUGUUUCUUUGGUUGGUUUGGUUUGGUUUUGUUUUUUUAUUUCCUUUCCUUUUCUUUUUUUCUUUUUUCUUUCUUUCUUUCUUUCUUUCUUUCUUUCUUUCUUUCUUUCUUUCUUUCUUUUUCUUUUUUUUUUUUUUUUAGAAAGGGUGUCUCUAUGGCCAUUCUGGAACUGACCAGGCUGCCUGGCCUUGAACUCACAACCAUGGAACUGCCUGUCUCUGCCUUCCAUUUCAUGCUCAGAGAUCUUAACUUUUAUGUAUGAGAAAUGAGAGUCUGAUUUCCCAUCAACUGAAAGAAUCCAGUUCUCCCAGAGUGACUUCCCAAGUGAGAGAUUGAAAAUUAAGUCAUGGGCUUGUACUCUUAAAAGACAUGGACACAAGUAUUUUGUUUGAAAGAGGAGGAAGGGGUAAUUUAUAAAAUGUGUUGCUAGUAACACUAAAGAUAUGGGUCCUCCGUGUUCAAUUGCCCUCUGAUCCCCAAGUUUCCCUCCUAUUAUUCCACAUUUCUCAAUUAUUGCACUCAACUACAGUCUUCAAAACUCCACAACUGUCAUACAAAAGUAUCCACUUUUUAAAAAAUCACUUUAAGUUAUUCGCUUGUCAACUAGAAUUUUGAGAAUAGAAAAGAAACCUAGGGUAACAGAAUCAAAGGCUACACAGCUUUAUAUCAAAUGUGUCAAGACUGUGGAAGUCCCGCAUGAAGUCUGCCCUACAUGUAGGACAUUCCUAUCCCGUAUGUACCACCCAGAACACACAUCCCAGCUUCAGGAGGUGGGCAUGCCACCCACUUGCUCUAAAAAGUAAAACCACUUACAAAAUCUAUGCAAGGCAACAAACAAAACCGGUAGAAGAUUGGAGGGAUAGUCUCUGGAGGGUUUCAUUUCUUAUAGUUACUGCUGCAUUACAAACCACUUUGAUCUCACUGGAUCUCCAUAGAGAUGCUGAGAGGAUGGGCAGAAGAGGUGGGUACAGACUCUCAAUCUUAUAACCCCAAGCCCUUUGUUCUCUCUACUGCACGAGACUCUUUUGUCAGUAAAAUGAUGGAAGGAUUGUAUUAGUUAUGGUAUAACUGUCUUAGUUUGAAAGUAUACUGACACAAAACAAUUAGCACCUAGGCCCCCGGAAUGUGGACCGGUUGCUGUAUUUUUGUGCUGUGUGUGUUGCCUUCACUGGAUAUUAAGGUGAAUCCACUCCCUAGGUGAACAGCUCUGUGUUUGUGAGUGGAGGCUUUGACAGCUGUCUGUUGAAUUGUCAGCUUGGUCUCAAACCUCCUUCACUCCUGCCAUAUAGGUCUGUGUACGUGUCCACAUCAUCUAGGUUCUUUCUUUUCUGGUUUUUAAAUGACUCAGGUAAAUUAGUCUGUUAGGGAGUACACAGCUAAAUUUAAAAGUCUUAAUGAAUCUCCUUUGGAUCCCUGAAUGGUCCAAGAUCUUGGAGUCUGGAGCAACCAGCAGAUUCACUCCCAGUGAUGUGGUGAGACUGCUGAGGAUACACGGGGCUGUUUGUGCUGUUUUUGUGUUAUUGCUGAAAUGAGAUGUUAGGAAAUAGAAGUUUCUCUCAUGUGUGUAUCAGGAAGAAUUUGUUCUUUCUCUAAUUACCGUUUUGACCCAAGGCAGGACCUUGAAAGAGCCAAAACAUUAACAGUAGUGCUUCUGUUCACUGAAGAAUUAUGUUACAUGGAGAUAAAAUGGUUGUUUUUUUUUUUAAAGUGGUUUUAUUGUAUUUUGCGUUGACAUAAAUAAACAUAAUUUAAACAAUGA